AUGGCGCUCGAGACGCUGACCCUGGAGCAUGUGCCGGCCCAGUACGCCGUGCACGUCGCCCUCUUCCAGGACGUCCGCAACGCCGACUUCUUGCACAAGCAGCUGCUAGCUAGGAAUGCGGCCUUUGAAUACGCAUUCAUCGAUGCUUCUAUUAUCCUGUCCCGAACACAGUUGCUGUCUGCUGUCUUCAAGGCCAUCAACGCACAAGUUACCGAUUCAUUGAAAACGCCCAAUGUGCACUCUGAGGUUGUCAUCUCCCUUAACCCGUCAAGUAACAUUGCCGAUGCAUACCGUCGCUUUGGAAUUUCACCUGCUACAAAAAGCCUGGUGGCCGUCAAGGUCACCUUUCCUACCGACUCUGCCCCUGUACCGCCCUCUGCUGAUGAGACCUGGAAGCAUCUGUCAGACAAUGUAGAAGGCACCCCGUUGGCUCUAGCAGACGAUAAUCUUAGGCUGACGGCAGACAUGUCCAAGAUUCGCAAAUACUACAAGCUAAACGUACCCUGGUUGGAGCAGACUGCCGAUGAGACAAUAAAGCAGAGAGAGAUGGAAACGCUCGUGCUCGGUGCCAUGGCGCUGCGUGGACUGUAA